AUGAAAAGGCUGCACCUGUUACAGCUACUGCUGCUGCUGUGGUUCUCCCUUUGCGUAAAAUGCAUCAGGAAAAAUGCGGACACAAAAAAGAAAGAUAGUUUAAUCACAACAGCGAAGAAAAAGGUAGUUCGAUAUACCCGCCUAUAUAAAAAAUCAUACAGAUUGAAGGAGGAUGAGGUGAUCGGUAGGUACGAAGUGAAGGCUUACUUCUUUUUCGAUGACUCCUUCGAAAAAAGAUUCAAAUGGAACUUGUAUUACAAAUUCUGCAGAAGCGGUACCCCCAGCAUUUGUAAUUAUGUGAAGUUACGAAGGCAGUUCGAAAAAUGGUAUGACGACAAAACCUUUUCGAUAAAAAAAUACAUGUCUGAUGUGGCUUUAGUUUACAAUCAGUUUUGUAGUAAGUAUUCUAUAUUGCUGUUUGACAUAAAUUUGGAGCCUAAUCACGUUUUAAAAAUUUCCAAGGUGCCUAAUUUGUCUGACAUAUUAAUGGAAUCAUUGACCAAUUUGAUUGCUCGGAAGAAGCUGAAACCUCCAUCGGAUAUUCCUUCUUGGAGGCUGUCCUUUAAUUACAUUACGGGGAUGAAGAAGCUCGUUGUCAAGGCUCCUUCGCAGGUUCCAGGGAUGAACUUUUAUUUCUUCUUCGUUAUCCCAGCUUAUAGAUACUACUACUCACGCUUGUUUUCCAGCAUCGGAGAUAUCUACUUCAAGUACGAGUGGGGAAUUCGGAAGUACAAAGUUGGGUACUUCACCAUGGAGCAGAUGUAA